AUGAUGAAGCUUCGAGAACGUCUUCUGUGUCUGCGUGAGGAGUCCCUUGAGGCGACAGUUCGGCAUCAGGUCCCACCGGAAUUCAACCAGCUGCUUCAGGAGCUGGGGCUUUCGGCUCUGGAGAGAAACGAAGUAAUUGAGACCUUGAUUGAAGUAGUCGCCGAACAAGCACAGCCGUCUCGUCGGAAGUUUGAAGACCACAGGCAGCGUAUUGUCACCUUCCCCAUUAAGGCUUAA